UUUGUUUCCAUUCCAUCGGUGGCACGAGACAGGAGACGCCAAGGCCAUAGCUAGAGCCUAGAGCAGCAGCAGAGGCUUGACCUGAAGCUCCACCCGCCAUGGCAUUCACGCCCGCUACGGCCUGCUGCAAGGCUUCCCUGGCGCUGGCACCGCGGGCGUCGCCCCGCGGCCCGGCGGCCUGCGCGCAGGCGGCGCUCCUCUGCACGCCCUCCACCUCCGUGUUCCGCGGCCUCCGGGCGCCCGCAUCCGCCGCGCCGGCCCCGCGCCGGCGCCGCUCGGCGGCGUCCACGGGCAUAGUCUGCGGCAAGGUCGCCAAGGGCAGCGUGCCGCCGAACUUCACCCUCAAGGACCAGAACGGCAAGCCCGUGUCGCUGAACAAGUUCAAGGGCAAGCCCGUCGUGGUUUACUUCUACCCCGCCGACGAGACGCCCGGAUGCACAAAGCAGGCGUGCGCGUUCAGGGACUCGUACGAGAAGUUCAAGAAGGCCGGGGCGGAGGUGAUCGGCAUCAGCGGCGACGACGCGGCGUCGCACAAGGCGUUCGCGCAGAAGUACCGGCUGCCGUUCACGCUGCUGAGCGACGAGGGGAACCGCGUGCGCAAGGAGUGGGGCGUCCCCUCGGACCUGUUCGGGACGCUGCCGGGGCGCCAGACGUACGUGCUGGACAAGCAGGGCGUCGUGCAGUACGUCUACAACAACCAGUUCCAGCCCGAGAAGCACAUCGGCGAGACGCUCAAGAUCCUGCAGACCCUCUGAUCCGAUCAACCUCCUCACUGUUCUGGGCCAUGCUCUGCAUUCGUCGCUGUAAAAGUACCGGACUAUGUAGUAGUGUAGUGUAUGUAACCAAGAGCUGAUGACCUGAUGUUUUGUUCCAUCCUUCAGUGAGUCUAUCUAUCACACGAUUCUGGCUCGUUUGAUCGACCAGCAUCUUCCUGUUUGUCAUGGUCAGUUUCACUUGUAUUACAACUGUACUUUUGGUCGAC